UUUGCUCCCGGACCUAGCCGGCUUAAACUUCUUUGCACGUCGCAAUUUAACUUUUCGAUUACUUUUGAAUCUGUUACCUAGCAAAACUGAUAAAAAGAUCGAGUAAUUAUACGAAACGGGACGACUCCAAAUAAUAUUUCCCAGUAGAAAACUCAGAAUAGCUCAGAAUCAAACCUGAGCUCAAACAUCACACACUUCAGUGAAUAGUCGUACCAGAUCUAAGAGAUGGGAGGUGAAUUGAAGUACGAGAUUGGACAGAAUGCAUACAUCAAACUUGUUCUUCAUGCAUUGAAACACAAGACAUCAUCUGUUAAUGGUAUUCUCAUUGGUCGUAUCGGUAAAGACGAUGUUAUUGAGAUCUCUGACUCAAUACCUCUUUCUCACUCUCAGAUUGGUCUUUUACCAGCUCUUGAACUUGCUCUAAUUCAGAUAGAAGAGCAUUAUGGAUCCCAAGGUAUGAGUGUCGUUGGUUAUUAUCAUGGAAAUGAGAGGUACGAUGAUGUUGAGCUGGGAAAUGUUGCAAAGAGAAUUGGGGAUCAAAUUCAUAAAUACUUUCCUCAAGCUGUUGUGAUUUUGUUGGAUAAUAAGAAGCUGGAAGCUCUUCCAAAAGGGAAAGGCUUGAGCCCAGUUGUCAAGUUCUACACAAAGGAUGCAUCUAAAACUUGGAGGCAAGGUGGUGGAUCUGAUGGAGGUGGUCGAUUGACCAUCAGGGAGCCGUCAUCAAACAUAGUCUUGCUAGACUGUAUUUCAUCUGAGAAAUGGCAGGAAGUUGUUGAUUUUGAUGAUCACCUUGAUGACAUAAGCAAGGACUGGUUGAAUCCUGGUCUGUUCAAGUAAUUUGCAGUUGGUACUUAAGCAGUAGUCAUUGCGUAUUUUCUAGUUGAUCUAUACAACUUUGUUUUCUAUCUUUGUUCUGAUUGCAUUUAGAACUUAGAAUAGCUCAACUAGGCUACUUCCAAUUUUAUAUACCAUGUCUUGUUGUUUCUUAUUGUGAAGUAAGAAACUCCCUUUAGGAAACUCCUUUAUAUGUUUCCAGAUGAUCUUGAAAGCUUCAGGAGUGGUUUGCAAUUUUAUUGAUUUUAAUUUAUGGUCUGUUUUCUAUAUUUGAGAUAGUGAUUACCCCCUGAGCUUGAAUUGGAAGUUUUCAAUUUAAUGCC